GUUAAAAACUGAGCAAUUAACUAUUUUUCAGCACAAUUUGGUGAAAGCCCAAAAGGCUUCAGAAAGCCUUGGUUUCCACAUCAUUAGGCGUUCGCUUUCUGUUUCUGUUUGAAUGUUGCUCGUUGAUACUUGUAUCGGUUGGCUCUGGUCUUGAGGGCGGCACGCAGCCUGUGAGACCGAGCAGCCAGUCAAGCGCUGUUUAGGGCUUAAACGCCCCACGAACAUCGCUUACAGGAAGAGGGUGCAGUGGAUGAGCAGCUGAACGCUGGUUAACGUUAGAACUAAAACAGGGAGGGGGCAAUAUUGAUGCGUUCUAAGUUAUGGAGCUAAGACGGACAAACCCCGCGUGCAAUUGUGUUUUACUAUGUGGAAUAACCAUAUGUCUUAUUUUCGGUAUAAAUCUAACAUUCGCUAUAGAGUUGUACGCCCCGGCGGAAGUGCUGGUUGAGAAUGGCACCACGGGGAUCCUCAAGUGUUCUUUCAAGUCCAGGGAAGUGAUCAGCAGUGCAGCCACAGUCACCUGGUCGUUUUGCCCGGCGGGAUCUGACGCCGGAAGUGCUGUUUCCAUUUUCUAUUACACUUCUGCGAACCACUACCCAGGGAGUGUGGCUCAAUUCAAAGACAGGGUGAAAUGGGCGGGAGACCUGAACAAAAAAGAUGCCUCAAUCCAUUUAAUUGAGGCGCAGUUCAACGACAACGGCACCUACUCGUGUGCCGUGAUUAACCCGCCUGACAUAUCUGGCACCGCCGCUCAGACACAGCUCAAGGUCGUCAUCAAAGAGUCUCUCCCUCAAGACAACACGGCCGUCAUUGUGGUCGCCGUGUGCGGCGCCGUCAUCGGGCUUAUCCUCAUCUCUGUGGUUAUCUGCCUGAUCAUCAAGAGGCAUCAAACCACCCAUGAAUACGAAGGCUGCACCUCAGUGGAGAGUGUGAGCUCCCACGCCACACGCCCGGGGGGGAAGAAACCAGAGUCCAGCUUGGAUGGCUCCAGGUGUAGCAGCCACUCCACCCCGGUCCAGGUAGGAGCUACAGGACCGGUGAUAUACGCCCAGUUGGAUCACUCAGGCACCAAGAGCCCCAACUCAUUCCACAAGAUGGAGCCAGUGGUCUACGCUGACAUAAGGAAAAACUGAA